AUGAAUCGAUGCCAGGCGCCUGUGGAUUGUAUUGACUGCAGUACAACGUUUGAUGGACAUUCAGCCAAAGCACACACGAGCUGUAUGACGGAGGAGCAGAAGUAUCAGAAGAAUUUAUAUCAUAAGCCUACAAAGACAAAGGCGGUGGAAAUGAAGCAAGAGCCAGAGUCUACAACAGCGCCAGCUCCAGCUACCGCUCCAGCGCCUACGCAAGAGAAGAAGAAGAAAAAGUCCAAGACUGAGAAAAAGGAGAAGGAGGCGGAUGAAGAGCCUCCAUCGACGCAGAAAGAGUCUAAAAAGCGCAAAAAGUCCAAGACCAAGGACGAGGCGAAUGACGAUAGCGAGAACAAAGCCAAGGACACAGACGAGCCGUCAAAGAAGAAAAAGAAGAAGACGUCGACGGAGGAUGGCGAGGAAAAGCCAAAGAAGAAGAAGAAGGCUAAAAAGUCUGAUAAGGAUGCUGAAGAUGGUACAGAAAAUGUUGAGAAACCAAAGAAGAAGAAAAAGUCGAAAAAAAGCGAGAGCGAGAGCGCUGUAGGUAAAGGGACUUCCGCGGGAGCUGACAAGAAGGCGCCACCCACUCUAUUCACAGACGACGAUCUCCGCGAUGCAAUGAGACAUGCCAUAGCUGAGCAGCAGCAAGGCACAACCAUCGAGUUCCAAAAGAUGCUCAUGUCCAUUUUAAAGGCAGCGGUGGAGAUUAAGAAGAAUAAGAAUACCGAUGAGCCGAGUCAGGAAGAGCUCACUGAUGCCCACAGAGAUAUUGCAAAUCAGGUGUUGCGGACGAUGACGUUCACAAAAUCAGACGACGGCAAUGAAAUGCUCCUAGGCAUCAAAUAG